ACGCACGAGCAUUAGUACGCAUCUUACGUUGAUACUGGCAACCACGCACCAAAUUAUAUUAAUUAAAAAAAAAUUACAUGGAUAAUUUUCUAAACUGCAGGUACAUUGAAAACGACUGGGAAAAAAAUAUAACGCAUUCGGUUUCAUAUAAUACAGUGGAAACAGUGCCAAAUACAAAGCAGAGGUGCCAAGCGAAUGCAAGAGAGAGGGACAGGACGCAAAACAGCGUGAAUAUGGCGUUCAAUGCGCUGCGUCUUCUGAUACCGACGGAACCGCCAGACCGCAAACUCAGCAAAAUCGAGAUACUGCGCCUUGCUGGCAGCUAUAUCACACAUCUUGACAACCAACUGUAUACCGGUGUAAUGGAACAGCCUUGUCUCCAGAGAAAUGAAUUCAAUUGCAAAAACAGUCCGCUCUGUACAUUUUGUUGGUCGACAGUGAAAAAGGAUAUGUCAAAUAAAUCAUUGAGUUUUGACACACCGUACUAGGGAUAUUCUGAAGAAUGUCAUCUACUCCUAGUCUUAAUAAAGCUUUAUUAUUAUAGUAUUAACUAAUUACUUUUGAUAAAAUAAAUGUAAAACAUAUAAUCCUUUAUUUGUAUGAUGUUAUUGCAAAUAAGACUCAUACCGAGUUAA